CAUUUUAAACUCAACCAAGAAGAAGUCACGUAUGCUUGAGACAUUAAUAAAUGUGUUGCUGUUGGAGGCAACUACUUUCUAAAAAGAAUUUAUUCUUUGAUAUUUAGUUGCUUUACUGUUGUGUUCUCCAUUUUCACAUUUCUGAUAUUUUUAUUUUGAACUUUGGCAAGCAAAAGUGGUUACUUCUACGAUAUGUGAGCUGUAUUAUUCCCUGUUAAUGCACAGAUGGAGGUGAAUUGAUUUGUAGUGUCAAAAGUAAUUUUUUGCAGGUAAACCAAAAAAUGAAUUCUUUUGCACUUCAUCAUAAUGUUCUCAUUCAAGCAGGAAGUACUGUUUUUCUUUGAUGAUGAAGUCUCAUUUCCAUACUUUACAAAAAGAGGAAGAAAACCAAAAGAGUCUUUACCCACAAAUUUGCAAGAAGUACGGUCAGUUGAAGUAGAGGAUAAGCUAAACACUUUUUUAAAUAAACAAAAACGCAAGCCUCUGAUAAACAAUUUAAACUUGGUAUUUUUAAAGAAGAAACAAGGUGGUAAGACCAAUCUUCAUGAAGAUGCUGCAAAACAACAAGGAGUAAAAAAAAAAUCUAAGAAAGCCAAGAAAAUAGCAAAAGUUUUUUUGGAACACUUUAUUGACAGCGAAGAUGAAGACGAUGGAAAGUUUUUGUUUGAAGAAACCAAAUUUUCUGCCACACAUAUCCUAUCUCAGUUAGGAAAACUAUUGGAUAUAAUUAAUUGUAAAGUUAAAGAAGUCUUACUUUUGGAAAAGAAAGUUGAAACUCCAAAGGCCAAUUUAAAAUUUCAGCAAAAUAAUUCUAAUUUGAUUUGGGAUUUUAACAAUAACUUACAAAUACCCAAGAAGCGUACCGAUAGCACUGUCUUUAUUGACAUUAAUUUGCCAGAAAAUAUUAUUUAUUUAGUCAAGUUAGAAUAUAGAGAUUUAAUUAAACAUACAGUUUACACAUCUAGAGCAUGGCAGACUCAAGCAUAUAAAGAUAUUGUUGAAAAUCCACCUAAUCCACAAAUAAAAAAUAUUGAUUCCGGAGUAUUUUCGAUUCCACCAACAGCUAUGAGUGGCGUAUAUAUUAAAUCAGACUCAGAGGAUGAGAAAAUAGAGAAGCUCCGAAAAAAUAAAGUUAAAUUAGAACUUUCUCAUUCAGUUUUGAAUAAUAAAUUAAGUAAGGAAAGUGGAAUGACCAGCGAUUCUGAUGGACCAGCUAUUAUUGCAUAUCGUCGAGAAACAAUGUCUCCUUUACAUAACGUGCCAAGGCCUAAAACAAGAUUUGAGACAUACUAUUCUGCAGAAAAAGAUUCUGACAUUAAGAAGAUUAGCAUUGUAAAAGAGCAUAAAGAAAAGGAGGAUAAAAUUGAAGAUGUACCCAUUCCACCACUGAACCAGCAAAUGAUAAGCUUUGCAGUGUCAUCAAGAGUUUGUCACGAAAAAGGUUGGGUUGUACAACCCUCAGUAUUUAAUGAUCCUGAACACCAGACUUUGUUAGUAUGGGCCAGAGGAAGACUGCAACAAGCCAUGAAACAGAAGGAGCAGGAAGAACUUGAAGCUGCACAGAGUUUGAAAACACUUACAGAGUGCUCUUGUAGAUAUUACGGAGAUACAAAAUAUGAAAUACAAAUAAGGUACAAACAAGGUACUGCUCAAGCUAAACGUCUGAGAGAACAAAAACAACAGGAGGAAAAGGUUCCAUUUAUGAUGACACUUUCUGAUGGUACUAUCACUAUCCUUUAUCCAUCUGGCAAAACUGCUGUUAUCAGUUCUGCGUCUGCUAGGGGUAAUUACACCUUUGUUUAUGAUGGCAGCGAGAAAUCUAGAUUGCUUGCACAUUUUACUCCCAUUGGACGUGGAGUUUGUUAUCAUAAAAAUGGACAAAUUUUAUUUAUAUCGAUGAGUAAAUUUGGUUUUUGCCAUGAUGAGAUUGGUGCAGUUGUAAACAAAUGGAAAUGGUCAAUUGCAAAAUCGAUUCCACGCCUAUCUUUCCAACUAAAUUCUUUCAUAACAUUCCGAUGCAACAGCAAGUCUUCAAUGCAUCUUGUCGUCAACAUUAAUGGCGAACAUGCAAAGAUACAACUUGGACCAUCUUCAAAUGAUGUUGCAGAACCAAACUUAUCUGAGAUGGGAAUGCUUGCGACAUUGGAGAAGUUUUCCUCUCAAGCAGCCAUUCAGUUGUCAGCACUGUCGAAGAAGAAAGAAUUAGGAAAGAAGCAAACGAAAAAAGAAAAAGUUAGGAACUUUACUUCUGAUAUUCAAGAAGAACGCACACACGAGUUUGAGGUGAGAUUUCCAAAUGCCAAAAAAGAAAUCGAAUUCGUCAGUUCUCAUCAAUCAGAAUUGAAAGGAUUGCAAAGAAAAUUUAAGAACACAGUGUUUAAUUGGAUGGAGCAUUACCGUGUGGCAACUGGUGUUUCAUCUCCAUAUAAAACGAGAAAGAUACAGAGAGAUCUAACUCAAUCAGCUAUGUUACUACCUGCCAAGGCAUCACAGGAGUUGUGGAAGCAACCACGAUCAAGAGUACCUUCUGCACCAACCACUCUCUCUGAAAUGUCUAGGUUAAAACUUACCUCUCACUCCAACCGUCGACCACACACUUCCGCAGGUGAUUACAAAACUGUGAUGAAAGACCGCCUUGUAAACCAUGAUGCACUUGCACUUGCACGCCCUCGCUCGUCUAUUUCGUCAAGGAGUCCUUCUCCGUUCAAGUGUGGUAUAUUGCAACAAAGUUCAAAAACAAAACCUGUUCUGCCUAAAGAAGGCUGCCCUUUAGCGUUACGUUCAGAGUUGCUUGGUGAAGGACAAACACAGUGCAAGUGUAAUAAAAGAAGGAUUGCUGAGUUAACUGAUGUGGAAUUUGAUUUGUUCUUAAAGAAAACUCCAAAAACACAGUUGCUUGUUAUAAGUAUUGUAAAUUCUGGCUCCUGUAAUAGUCCGGUGGAUGCAACAAUCGAUUCUUUACAUUGUGAGAUAAAUAAAAACAGGACCAUACCCUGCGUACAGGCUCGUUAUGACGCAUACCGUUUAUUCAGAUAUAUCAUACCGUCUGUAGUAACAGAGAGUUGUAUUCCUCUUCUUGUAUCAAGACAUAAUGUUGUGCCUGGAAUGUUUAUGAUUUUUCAAGGUGGUAAGCUGUUGUUUGUUGAUUAUAUUUUUGAUGGUUAUGGAAAUACAAGAAAAAAUUUUCUUAGACAGAUCUCCCGAUCUCGUGCUGAUGCAACGAAAGGAAGAUUCCUUCCAGCUGAUUUUCGAUUUAAUCCUAUUCGUGGACAAGUGUUCGUAAACAAAUUAACACAAAACACCUGUGCAGGAGAGGUAGCCAGACCUAGUAUAACGAUCAACGACGGAGAGUUUAAACAAUCGCUGUCUCCGAGUAGCCAAUCGGGUUUUGUUUCACCUGAAUCAUCAAAUGACACUGUCAGAAGCAAAAUAGCUACUGGUACAAAGAAAAGCUCGCUAAACCAUGAAACUGUGGCAGUGAAAAACAGUUACAAUAAGAUUAUAUCGAGUUAACUUUGCUUGGUUUAUGUUAAAAGGGUUAGAGUUUAAAUAAACAAACCCAUGUAGUUAUCGAGGACUAUUCUUCCAAAAGGUCCUGUCAAGGUGAGACAAGGCGGAGAUGCUAGCUGACUCAAUUAUGUGCAGCAAGCUAGUCAUAGUGUAUGAUUGGAAGAAGAAUGGAAGCGUCUUGCGUUGAUUUAUUAAGGUGUUUUUUACUCAAUUUAAGUUCAAGAGAAAAUUAUAUUGCGUUUACUUUGUUGAACCUGAUGCUGUUUGCAUAGUUUCACAUAUUUUUACCUACACAAAGUUCUUUAAUUUAAUUGUUCAUAUACGUUAGACUGUAGAUGACAUAAAAAAAGAAAAAUAGAAGCUAAAUAUCCUAUCUAGUAUGUUCUCCUGAAUAAAAGUUAUUGCUAUGGUAGGAUAUCUUUUUGGGACAAAGAACUAUAAAUAAGAGUUGGAAGAUUUUAGUUUAUCGACAACCUCUAUCCCGGGUAUAUACAGUAGUUUUUUGACAUGAGGAUGAUCGCCCUAUUAUCAAAAAUGGUACAGGCCCUGGGAUCGAGUUUGGUUUUUUAUGUGUUAUCUUGUGUAAAUAAUGUAUUAUUUAUAUGCCUGACAUAAUGUAAUGUCGAACAAUGUGAUAAACGGGAAAAAAAUGUUAGUUAUUCUUUCUCACCUUCAAUUAAUCAGUUUUGGUGAUCCAAAAUUUAAUUCUUCUAAAGUAGCACUUAGUCAAGAUGUAAUUCGUCGAAAAAAUGCAAAAUUCGCUUUUCGUGAAAUUAAAUAUGUGCCGAAAUUACUUUGUUAAAGGAGGUCCUAAGUUUCUACAGUCCAUAUCUGCUAAUUCGAAUGCUGGUAAUGGAAAUAUUCACUAAUUCGAACAAAUAUAUUUGUCU